GCGGCCGUCGUUUGCCGAUUUCCCGACAGGCAACUGUCACCUACGGCCCGCUGUGUUACUCGAGUGCGUAAGGCUUUGCUUACAUCUUCUCUCGUUUCGUCCCCCCAGCCUACUAUGCAAAACAUUACCGUAUAGAAAAGUGGAUCAAUCUCUCGUGGUACGAAGUGUUCGUGUUAAAUAUUUUUCAUUUUUUCGCGACUAAUACGCGAGUGAAAACAGAACCGUUUCGAUGAAAAUUAAACGAAAUUAGCCGACGGUUUCGGUGGGUAAAGGGUCGCGUGCGAUAACGAGUGUUUUGUUGAUCAACAAACUGAGUAAAAUGACCAUGAAACGAAACAAUAUGCGGUCGCCAUCUUAAACCCGGAGUAGUAGUGCUUUUUUUUUAAACGACGACGAUCGCCCCGUUGUUUCGAACAACGUUGAUGUGUCGAUAAUUUAGUUUCGAUGUUUUUUUGUUUUUUUCAUUUCUUCUUUAACCUAACCUGAAGUAUCUACGAGAUUCCUCGUGGAGAAUCCGGAGGAAAAAGUGUUAUCUCCUUGUCCGCAGGUUUGCAUGGAGCGCCACAGGGCGGAAAGGGAUGGCUGAGAACAGAUUAUUUUCCGGAGGUGGCGCUGUCGUGAAGAUGGAGCAAUUCCAGGCCGCCCUUGACCCAAGAAAGCAGGAGCUCCUCGAAGCGCGUUUUUUAGGUGCUAGGAUGUCAGCUGGAUCCCAAAUACAGAUGGCACCGCAGUCAACAGUAGCGCAACCCGUUCAUAGCCAAGACUCAAACAUGAGUACAGUGUUCCGCCUGUUGCCCUUAGGUUCGUCUCACAGCGACAAGGAGGUGGACCCCAAUACUCCGGAGAAGGUGCCGAGGACGCCCUCGGAACGGAAACGGAAACGGAAGGAGGAUGGAGGCGGAGGGGGCGGCGGCACGACCGGUGCAAAGGUCGUCCGCAACCCCUCCGCCACCGACAAGAAAAUCAACGAUUACUUUAGCACGAAGCCACCGGGGAAUAGCCCUAUCAGGCAUGGGGGCGCCAAAAGUCCAUCGCCCCAACAACCCUACCACACAUUGUACUCACCCUCGCCACAGCCUGUGAUGACAUCACCGCAAGUUCCGGGCACCGUGCCCUUCGACUUCUACAAAGGCCAGCAACCACGAUUACAUGCUCCUACCGUUAGUAAACAAGUACAGACUGAAUUAACGUGUCAGAAAAUCCAAGAAUACGAAACACAAACAUCUUCGGAUUUGGAGGCGCGGAACAAUAAAAUUGAAGAACUGACCCGGCAAAAUGAAGAACUGAGGCACCAGAUGAGCGCGCAACAGAAAACGACGGAUCAGCACAAGCAACACAUAAAUAAAUGUAUUGAAGUAGUAAAAAAGCUUCUAAAAGAAAAAAGUUCGAUAGAGAAGAAAGAGGCGCGGCAGAAAUGUAUGCAAAAUAGGCUUAGGUUGGGACAAUUUGUGACGCAACGAGUGGGUGCAACGUUUCAAGAGAAUUGGACGGACGGGCAUGCGUUUCAAGAACUUGCAAGGCGGCAAGAGGAAAUUACUGCUGAACGAGAAGAAAUCGAUAGACAAAAGAAAUUAUUAUUGAAACGAAGGCCUAACAGCGAAGGUGGACGCAAAAGAAAUAAUUCUUCGGCGUCCUCAUUACAUAACGGUACUGAUUCAACGUUCCUGAAGCCGGAUGCUGUUCCUGGUUCCUUUUCCUUACAGGAGUACUAUGAGGCUGAUGAAAUUUUAAAGUUAAGACAAAGUGCGUUAAAAAAGGAGGACGCUGACCUUCAGCUUGAAAUGGAGAAAUUGGAGCGCGAAAGAAAUCUUCAUAUUAGGGAACUAAAACGGAUUCACAAUGAGGAUCAAUCGAGGUUUAAUAAUCACCCUGUGCUCAACGAACGGUACCUGCUACUGAUGUUACUUGGAAAAGGUGGUUUUAGUGAGGUACAUAAAGCAUUUGACUUGAAGGAACAACGGUACGUUGCCUGUAAGGUUCAUCAGCUGAAUAAAGAUUGGAAAGAAGAUAAAAAGGCGAACUAUAUAAAGCAUGCUUUAAGAGAAUAUAAUAUACAUAAAGCGUUAGAUCAUCCUAGGGUAGUUAAAUUAUAUGAUGUUUUUGAGAUAGAUGCAAACUCAUUCUGUACAGUUUUGGAGUACUGUGAUGGACAUGAUCUGGAUUUUUACUUGAAACAGCAUAAGACAAUACCAGAAAGAGAGGCAAGAUCUAUAGUAAUGCAAGUGGUGUCAGCCCUCAAGUACCUGAACGAAAUUAAACCGCCCGUUAUCCAUUACGACCUUAAACCGGGCAACAUCCUGUUAACAGAGGGCAAUGUUUGCGGUGAAAUCAAAAUCACCGAUUUCGGAUUAAGUAAAGUGAUGGAUGAAGAAAAUUACAAUCCAGAUCAUGGGAUGGAUUUAACAUCACAAGGAGCUGGAACAUACUGGUACUUGCCGCCGGAGUGUUUUGUGGUGGGUAAAAAUCCUCCAAAAAUAUCUUCGAAGGUCGACGUGUGGAGCGUUGGUGUGAUAUUUUACCAGUGUCUGUAUGGGAAGAAACCGUUUGGCCAUAAUCAAUCGCAAGCGACCAUACUUGAGGAAAACACCAUUUUAAAAGCGACGGAAGUUCAGUUUGCCAAUAAACCCGCUGUGACUAACGAAGCUAAAAGUUUUAUUCGAAGCUGUUUGGCAUAUAGAAAAGAGGAUCGAAUCGACGUAUUAUCAUUGGCAAAACAUGAAUACCUACAACCACCAAUGCCUAAACAUUCGAGGUUAACGUCGAGCGUUCAACAGCAACAAGCCGCUCAACAACAACAAGCGGCAGCGGUCGCGCAACAACAGGGCCAAUUUACGAGCCCUCAACCGGGGACAACGUUUUCAACGGGACUAUUCGGUGGUAUGAACGCUUCUUCGUCAUCUUAGUGCAGUGCCGUCGUCGUCGCCAACACAACCAAUCCAACCCCAUCAGCCGUAAUUGUGCCCCCCAGAAACAACAAACAGCCACCGCGAUAACAGACGCAAACGGUGUGAGAAAAGUGAAAAAUUCGCGACGACGAUGAAAAAAGAAAUAAUGAUUUAAAUAAAUAAUUGUUGAGAUCUUUUUAUUUGGUGAUGAUGAAAUGUGCGCGAGGUAAGAUAAAAAAGAUUUUUUUUAGAAAAACGAAUUUUUUUUUGAAAGUGGGGUGAGAACUUGUAUAAAAAAUAAUAUUAAAUUAAGAACUAAUAAAAUUAAAACAAAACUGUAAUAAAUAAACGGAUAAUUUAUGAAUUAAGAAUUUUUUUGGUGGAGAUACAAGAAAAAGGAAGAAGUUAAUAAAAACGAGAUGGAGCGAGCGGUGUGAUAUAUAUACAUAUAUAUAUAAAUAUAUAAAUAGAUAUUGAUGAAAAUAAAGUUAAAAAGUAACAA